CCGCAACCAGAGCCCCACCUCACCACUUUAAUAAGUCAAUCAAAAGUCCAACCUUUAUAAUCAAUCAAAAAGCUUUUAAUGUCCACUUAACAAUCCACCAAUGAACGAAUCUCCGGCCAUCACCACCACCACCGGCGGCGGCCAUAAACGCCACAAACCCAAAUACCCACAACCCCCACUCACCAUCCCUGCCGGCUGUACAUGUUUCCGUCUUCUCUGCCACUCUUCCCGCAUCGGCGGCAUCAUCGGAAAAUCAGGGUCCAUCAUAAAACAACUUCAACAAGAAACCCAGUCCAAAAUCCGGGUCGAAGACCCAUUACCCGGAUCCGAAGACCGGGUCAUAACUGUUUUAGGCAAUACCCAGAUCACCAAAACGAUGUCGUUGAACAACACAAAUAGUUUAGCUGAGAAUGAUGUUGAAGUGUCAAGUGCAAUAGAAGGUUUGGUUAAGGUUUUUGAGAGGGUUUUAGUAGUUGCUAGUGAAGUUGAUGAAGAUGGAAAUGGAGGAGGAGGAAAUCUUGGCAAAAAUGGUAUUGUUUCGUGUCGAAUAUUGACGGAUAAAAGUAUCGUUGGGUCGGUUAUUGGGAAAGGAGGGAAGGUUAUUGAGAAGAUAAGGAAAGAUAGUGGGUGUAAGAUUAGGAUUUUGGUUCAAGAUCAAUUACCUUCUUGUGCUUUGCCUAAUGAUGAAAUGGUUGAGAUCGAGGGUGAUAUUUUGGCUAUUAAAAAGGCACUUACUGAUGUGGCACGAUGUCUUCAAGAUUGCCCCUAUGCUAACAAGACCAAGACAGUUUUAGGUAGACCCCAUCAUGCGAUCCCUCAGGAGACUAUAUCCAACGGGCACAAGGAUUUUCAGUCUGUAUUGUCAAAAGGUGACACCAUUCCUUCCAUGGAUCCCCGAGCUUCUCAGCAGGAAAUAGUUUUCAGGAUACUAUGUUCCAAUGAUAGGGUGGCCAGCAUAAUAGGAAAGUCAAGGACAGUUAUUCAAGCUCUAAAAAAUGAAUCAGGUGCUAAUAUAACCAUUGGAGCUCCUGUUUCUGACUGUGAUGAACGGCUAAUCACUAUUUCUGCUAUGGAGACCCUAGAAUCAUAUAAAUCUUCUGCACAAAGUGGUGUCAUCCUUGUAUUUGAUAGGAUCGUUGAUUCAUCACCAAAGGGCACAUCGGUUUCUGCUAGACUAUUGAUUUCACCAAACCAAGUUGGUUGUCUGUUGGGUAAAGGUGGCUCCAUAGUUGCAGAUAUGAGAAAGGUGACUGGUGCUUUUAUAAAGAUAGUUGGUGACCAUCAAGUCCCAAAGUGUGCUUUGGAUACUGAUCAAGUAGUACUGAUGACAGGAGAGUUUGAAAACGUACGAGAUGCUUUAUACAGUGUUACUGGCAGGCUGCGAAACAACUUAUUUUCCAGCAAAAUGUCAAAUGGCACUGCAACCAGGAGCACAUAUGCUCGAGGGAAUGGUUAUCAUUCUAAUGAACACACAAAUUUAACUCGGGGUAUGGAUGGUCUCAAUCUAUCAAGUAGUAUAGAUUGUCACCCCACAUCUGCAAAACGGCAAUCGUUGAUGGGAGAGGGUAAUCCUGGGAUGAGACAGCAUGUUGGCACAAGAUCAACUUCUGUUAAAGGUGGUAUUGAGCUUGGCAGUGGUGGUAGAUCUGCUAUAGUGACCAAUAUGAGUGUGGAAAUUACGGUACAUCAAAAUGUCAUUGGUUCAGUUUAUGGGGAGAAUGGAAGCAACCUAACUCGCCUAAAACAGAUUUCUGGUGCAAAGGUUGUUGUGCACGAACCACAUUCAGGAACAAGCGACCACAUUGUCGUGAUUUCUGGCACGCCCGAUGAAACCCAGUCAGCUCAGAGUCUCCUUCAAGCGUUCAUACUUGCUGGCCAAUCAUGACAAAGAACUGAUCGAAGGAACCUCUACAAAAGUUUGCUAAGUCAACAAGGUUUUUUGGGAUGAUGAGAUGAAUAUAGGCAGCUGUUACAAUUUUAUAUCAAUUUACAGAAAUUUUGUUAGAUUGUUAAUUUGUUUGGUUUCCUUUUCCAUACACCUUUACAUACCAAGUCCCGAUGAAUUUAACAUAUCUGUGACUUGCAGCAAACAUGUGAUGUACAAACAGCUAAAAGUUAAUAAAAUGAUGUAUCAUAAGCAUGUGGGUUUACUGGUUUCAA